AUGGCCGUACCAUGUUCUUUGCUGUUGCAGUCCUUUGAUGAUCGCCCUGCCAAACAUGGCCUCGAGACCAUCGAUAUUUUGGACACUUCACUAACGAUCCCAUCACACAACCAGACGGACACCGUAGAGCACGAUGGCACUGACAUUUAUGACUCGCAACGACCACUUGCAUCUAACUCCACUAAGCAUCAGCCGCGAAUAGCUCACACCACCGACCAGCCCGAACUCAGGACUUCUCUUGCCGAUCCCAAGCCACGAGCGAACGAGGAAGAUGCUCCACAGUCUGUGAUACAUGCACCUCCCGGCUUUCGCCAAUUUAAGUUUGGCACCUACGACGACUCCGACAGCUUGAUCAACUCAGUUACGGCAUCAUCGCCCAGCGACUUGGCUAAGAUAACACCAUCGAUGGUUAGAGACGACGAAUUGGGGAAGAAGCAUUCUGCCAGCUCUAUAUCGCCGUCUCCUUUAACGACUUCUAUUGAACCUGCGAAAGAUUGGUCAGAACGAGCAACCCCUCGAGCACAAACAAGGCAGGAUUUCGAAGACAUUGACCUCCAGUCUCAGCCGAGUGUUCUUGACGGUGAAAUCUCGCCCCCAAAACAACAUACAUCUAGGGACUCUACAUUCUAUGAACCGAGCAUCUUUGUGCAUCCGAAUAUACCUCGAGUUCUUCAAACUGAAGGUGUCACUGACACAGUAGAGGGGGGGUCAAGCACGCUAGAAGCCGCCGUUCGGUAUCUUUUCGAUGGUGAGGCCGAGAUCAAAGCUCUCAAAACAGCGCUCGCGGAAUGCUGGACGCUCUGUAAUACAUUGGCCAAACUGAGCCAUAUUCAUCGCGGGCGUACUGCCGACUACGCUGGCACUGGCCGCAUGCAAGAAAAUGCAUGGACGUCAUGCUGGAAACUGUGUCAGGAGUUAUACGAGAGUCAGAAAGACGAGUAUGUAUCACAGGUCAAGCUGACGUUAGAUUUGUGUCGUGAAUUCUGCCUGACUUUAUUUGAAAUCCGCACCCGUGACAACGAGCUUGCGGAUUCAGUGCUUCGGGUCAGUUUCGAAUUAAAUAAUCAUCUUUACAACACGCAUGAUCGGCAUCUACCAGAUGCUUUCAGGGAAAGGACGCUGGACUUUUAUAUCACCCUUUGUCAUCGUCUCAUGAAACAGAGGACUCGUGUCUCGGAGACUGACUCCCUUUUGAAGGCUUCUUGGUCCCUGGCGGAGAUGCUGUUCACAAUCCGCCAAGGUAAACGGGAGGGGAGGCCGAUAAACGAAGAAAUGCUUGGCUCCGCUGUGCAGGCUUGCUGGGAACUCUGUGAUCUUUUUCGCGAGGGAUGGACGCAACGUAGCUUGCGUUACUCAGAUCGUGGAACUCCACGACCGAGUCAGGCCACUUUCAUCCAUGGCAUGCAGCAGGCCGGCCAACCCGAAAUCGCUGCUGCAGAUGAAGGGCUGCGCCGUCGAGGCAAUCCCGAAACUCCUACAACCAUUUUCGAUGAGACUGCUACCAUUUCGCCCGACGACGCCCCAGUCCAGAACAUUUUUGUCUUGGGAAAAGAUGCCGAUCAAUCUGUGCACACAAGAUGGUCCUCGAAUUCGUCAACAGUCUCGGAAAUCAGCCAGGCUUCCGGGCAAACAUCUUCGACAAAUACUAUAAGAACGUCGCUAAAUGAUACGACCCUGGCAUGCAUACAGGCUUUACUAACCAAGGCUGCGGUUGAUAGCGGAUUUCAGCCCGAAAAAUCACAGAGCCUAGCAAGCUUCGUGAAGACGCUUUCAUCGGACGCGUUUGGAUCGGCACCCUGGCAAAUUUCACUUCUGAAGAGUUAUAAGAGUCUUCUGGCUCUUGACCCUGCAUUCCGCAAUAUUGACUUCAGACCGCGCUCGAAUGCUGCGGAUAUAGCAAGGGCUGUCCAAGUGACGACCCAGGGCAGUCAAUAUCCUUGGCUGCGGGAUCUCUAUCGCUUAGUAUUUGGCGUUCAUGUGGAUGAGGUCGCCAGCCGUCAGGGGAUCGCACUCCAGGCAUAA